UGCCCUUCUCGCAGCCUGCAGGGCUUCCGUCAGCGUGGAGAAGCGGAGAGGCGGCAAGAGGAGAAGCCGCCGUUUCCCUGCAUUGAUCGACCGCUUCGCCUCCGGGUUCAAAGAAGAGCCGCUGGUUCUCCCGACAGCUUCCCAAGAUGCCGGGCGGCCGAUGGAAGCGAGCGGUGCUCUUGGUGCUGCUGAGCCUUUGUUCGGGCGCGGCGGCCGGGGGCUCUCAGCCCCGCGGGGGGAAAAGCAAGAGGCAGGCGCAGCAGAUCGUCCAGCCCGCCCUGCCCGCCGGCCACAACAAGCGUGAGUGGUUCUGGGAGGGAUGCUAUGACAAUGGACAACAUUACCAGAUCAACCAGCAGUGGGAGCGCAUUUACUUGGGGAGCACCCUGGUCUGUACUUGCUAUGGAGGCAGCCGAGGAUUCAACUGUGAAAGCAAACCGGAGCCGGAAGAAACCUGUUUCGAUAAAUUCACUGGGACUACUUAUCAAGUAGGGGAAACCUAUGAACGCCCAAAGGAUUCCAUGAUCUGGGACUGUACUUGUAUUGGCGCUGGGCGUGCAAGAAUCAGUUGCACUAUUGCAAAUCGAUGUCAUGAAGGUGGCCAGUCUUACAAAAUUGGUGAUACCUGGCGCAGGCCGCAUGAGACAGGAGGCUUCAUGUUAGAAUGCGUCUGUCUUGGCAAUGGAAAGGGUGAAUGGACUUGCAAACCAGUUGCUGAGCGAUGCUAUGAUAACACAGCUGCGACAUCGUAUGUUGUUGGAGAUGUUUGGGAAAAGCCCUAUCAGGGCUGGAUGAUGGUGGAUUGCACGUGCCUCGGCGAAGGCAACGGGAGGAUUACCUGCACUUCCAGAAAUAGAUGCAAUGAUCAAGACACCAAGAGAUCUUAUCGAAUUGGAGAUACCUGGAGCAAGAAGGAUAACAGAGGAAAUCUCCUUCAGUGUAUCUGCACAGGGAAUGGCAGAGGGGAAUGGAAAUGUGAAAGGCAUUCCUCUUUACAAGCCACAGGCAUAGGCAGCGCAUCUGCAACUAUCACAGAUGUACGGACUGCACUCUACCAACCGCAGCCCCAGCCGGCUCCUUCUGGACAUUGUGCAACUGACAGUGGCAUGAUGUAUAUUUUGGGAAUGCAGUGGCUUAAGACACAGGGAAGCCAGCAUAUGCUAUGUACUUGUCUGGGCAAUGGAAUCAGCUGCCAGGAAACAGCUGUGACCCAAACUUACGGUGGCAAUUCCAAUGGAGAGCCUUGCGUUUUCCCAUUCACCUAUCAUGGAAGGACUUUCUAUUCGUGCACUUCCGAAGGACGUCAGGAUGGGAAUCUCUGGUGCAGUACAACCUCCAACUUUGACCAGGAUAAGAGCUACGCUUUUUGUACAGAGCAAAAUGUGUUGGUUCAGACACGUGGUGGAAAUUCCAAUGGUGCCCUGUGUCACUUCCCUUUCCUUUAUAAUAAUCGGAAUUACACUGAUUGUACUUCUGAAGGACGAAGAGAUAACAUGAAGUGGUGCGGAACUACCUCAAACUAUGAUGUUGAUGAAAAGUUUGGAUUUUGUCCCAUGGCAGCUCACGAAGAAAUUUGUACAACAAAUGAGGGUGUUAUGUAUCGUGUUGGAGAUCAGUGGGACAAACAGCAUGAUAUGGGCCAUAUGAUGAGAUGCACGUGUGUGGGAAAUGGACGUGGAGAAUGGACCUGCAUUCCAUAUUCCCAGCUCAGAGAUCAGUGUGUAGUUGAUGGGGUCACAUAUGACGUUAAUCAGACUUUUCACAAACGUCACGAAGAAGGACACAUGCUGAACUGUACAUGUUUCGGCCAAGGUCGGGGGAGAUGGAAAUGUGAUCCUAUUGACCAGUGCCAAGAUUCAGAAAGCCAGACCUUUUACCAGAUUGGGGAUUCGUGGGAGAAGCAUGCUCAUGGAGUGAGAUAUCGGUGUUACUGUAAUGGCCGAGGUAUUGGAGAGUGGAACUGCCAGCCUUUGAACACAGGUUCCCCUGGUCACCCUGUCCAGGUGAUUGUCACAGAUGUUCCAAUCCAACCUGAUUCUCAUCCUAUCCAGUGGAUUGCACCUGAGUCCUCUCACAUUUCCAAUUAUAUUCUUCGCUGGAAACCGAAAAAUUCUGGAGUGCGAUGGAAGGAAGCUAGAAUUCCAGGCUAUUUGAAUUCCUACACAAUCUCAGGCCUGAAACCGGGUGUCCUUUACCAGGGGCAGCUGAUAAGCGUCCAGCAUUACGGUCAGAGAGAAAUGACCCGCUUUGAAUUCACUACCUCUAGUACAUCAUCUAUUUCAUCUAGCCGUGUGACGGGAGAAACAACCGUCCUUCCCUCCGUCGUCUCUAUUUCCGAAUCUGUCACGGAAAUCACAGCCAACAGCUUUGUGGUCUCUUGGGUUUCUGCCUCAGACACCGUCUCAGGAUUCCGUGUGGAAUAUGAACUGAGCGAAGAUGGGGAUGAACCUAAAUAUCUUGAUCUUCCAAAUACGGUCAAUUCAGUUAGCAUUCCCAACUUACUUCCGGGUCGUAACUACAUUAUCAAAGUCUAUCAAAUUUCAGAGGAAGGAGAGCAAGAUCUAAUUCUUUCAACAACACAGACAACAGCACCUGAUGCUCCUCCGGAUCAUCUUGUAGAAAAUGUUGAUGAUACUUCAAUUCUUGUCAGCUGGAGCAGACCAGAAGCGCCAAUCACAGGUUACCGGAUUGUUUAUACUCCUUCGCUGGAAGGUAGCAGCACAGAACUCAAUCUCCCUGAAUCUGCAACAUCUGUGACACUCAGUGACUUGAUGCCUGGUGUUCAAUACAAUAUCAGCAUUUAUGCUGUGGAAGAAAACCAGGAAAGUGCUCCUAUCUUCAUUCAGCAGAAAACCACCGGAGUGCUAAUGGCAGAUGAGAUUCAUCCUCCCCAGGACCUUCAAUUUUUGGAAGUUGGCAGUGACAAAAUAACCAUCAUGUGGCGCCCCCCUGAAAGUGCAGUGGUUGGUUAUCGUGUAGAGAUUAUUCCAAUUAACCGCCCUGGGGAACAUGGCCAGAGGUUACCCAUUAGCAGACAUACAUUUGCUGAGGUCACAGAACUUUUGCCUGGAACAACGUACCUUUUCAAGAUCUACGCUGUAGGACAGAACACGGAGAGUGAACCAUUAACUGGAGAACAAACAACGAAACUUGAUGGCCCAACCAAUUUGCGGAUUGUCAGUGAGACACCCUCUACUGCGCUGGUCACAUGGAAGCCCCCGAGAGCCCGCAUUGCAGAAUACCAACUUACUUUGCAGCCUAUUCCAGAUGGUCAUCCGAAACAAUACACUGUGGGGCCGUCAGCCGCCAAAUACCUGCUGAGGAACUUGCAGCCUGGCUCUGAGUAUACUGUGUCUCUCGUGGCUGUCAAGGGUCAUCAAAAGAGCAAUCCAGAAAAGGGAACCUUCACAACACUGCAAUCCGCAGGACCAGUUCCUCCGUAUAACACUGAAGUAACAGAGACUUCCAUUAUUGUUACCUGGAUACCUGCACCUAGACUUGGUUUUAAGCUAGGAGUGAGACCCAGCCAAGGUGGAGAAGCUCCAAGGGAGGUCAUCUCAGAAUCCGGAAGCAUCGUUAUAUCUGGCCUAACUCCUGGUGUAGAAUAUAUCUACAGCAUUAAUGUUAUUAAGGAUGGUCAAGAAAGAACAACGCCUAUCGUCAAGACAGUAAUCACACCACCAUCUCCUCCCACAAACUUGCAUCUUGAUUCUAACUCUGACACUGGAUUCCUUACUGUUUCUUGGGGAAAAAGCACCACUCCAGAUAUCACUGGAUACAGAAUUACAACAGUUCCUACAAAUGGGCAAGAAGGCUACACUCUGGAGGAGCAAGUGAAAGCAGAAGAUACAUCCUGUGUUUUUGAAAAUUUGAGUCCUGGUGUGGAAUACAAUGUCAGUGUUUACACACUCAAAGAUAAUCAAGAGAGUUUGCCCAUCUCCGAAACCAUCACACAAGCUGUUCCUCCCCCAACGGAUCUCCGUUUCACCAAUGUGGGACCUGACACCGUCAGAGUAACCUGGACUCCGCCGGCAUCUGUUGAAUUGAGCAGCUUCUUGGUUCGCUUCUCACCCAUGAAGAACAAGGACGAUGUCGCAGAACUUUCCAUCUCGCCUUCCGACAGCGCCGUGGUCUUAACAAAUCUUCUUCCUGGCACAGUAUACUUGGUCAAGGUCUACAGUGUAUAUGAACAACAUGAGAGUAAACCUCUGAGUGGAGAGCAGAAAACAGGCCUUGAUUCCCCCACCGGACUGGAUUUCUCAGAAAUAACAGCCCAUUCUUUCACCGUCCAUUGGAUCGCUCCUCGCUCCCCCAUCUCUGGCUAUAAAAUACGCCACCACCUUGAGCAAGGUGGAGGUAGACCCAAAGAAGUCCGUGUUGCACCAUCGCGCAACUCCAUCACACUCACAGAUCUCAUCCCAGGGUCAGAGUAUGUGGUUAGCGUGUCUGCCUUCUAUGGCAAAGAAGAGAGUUUGCCCUUAAUUGGACAGCAAAGCACAGUUUCCGAUGUCCCAAGAGACCUACAGGUGACUGCUACUGGCCCCACUAGUCUAGUCGUUUCCUGGGAUGCACCUGCUGUUACAGUUCGAUACUACAGGAUCACAUAUGGAGAAACAGGUGGCAGUGGGCCUGUUCAAGAGUUCACCGUUCCUGGCCAUGUCUCCACUGCUCCGAUUUCCGAUCUUAAGCCUGGAGUGGAUUACACCAUUACUGUGUAUGCUGUCACUGGGCGAGGGGACAGUCCUGCCAGUAGCAAACCCAUCAGCAUAAAUUACCAAAUAGAGGUUGAUACACCAUCGCAGCUGCAAGUGACCGAUGUCCAAGACAACAGCCUGACUGUGAAGUGGCAGCCUUCUUCUUCCCCAGUGACUGGUUACAGAGUGACAGCCACCCCCAAGGACGGCCAUAGCCCCACAAAAACUAGAGUCCUUUCUGCAGAACAAACAGAAGUCACAAUUGAUGAACUACAGCCUACAGCUGAGUAUGUGGUUAGCGUCUAUGCCCAAGGGCCAAAUGGAGAAAGCCAGCCUUUGGUUGAGAAAGUUGUUACAACAAUCCCACCUCCUACGAAUCUGAAAUUUAUUCAGGUUGCUCCAACAAGUCUCACACUAACCUGGACUGCACCAAACGUGAAGCUUACUGGAUAUCGAGUGAGAAUAAAUCCCAAGGAAAAGACUGGCCCAAUGAAAGAAAUUAACCUUGCUCCAGAUAGCACAUCUGCUGUUAUCUCUGGACUAAUGGUGGCAACUAAAUAUGAAGUUAAUAUCUAUGCUCUGAAGGACUCUUUGACCAGCAGACCUACCCAAGGUGUAGUUAAUACUCUGGAAAAUGUUAGUGCUCCCCGUAGGGCUCGUGUCACAGAUGUCACAGAGCGAACCAUCACAAUUACCUGGCGCACCAAGACAGAGGCCAUCACCGGUUUCCAGAUAGAGGCCGUUCCUGCAGGUGGUCAGAAUCCAAUUCAAAGAACAAUUAGUCCUGAUGUGAGAACCUACACCGUCACUGGCUUGCAACCUGGUACUGACUACAAGAUUUUUAUCUAUGCACUGAAUGAGAAUGCUCGCAGCUCCCCAGCAGAGCUUGAUGCUUCCACUGCCAUUGAUGCACCUUCCAAUCUGCGCUUCCUCACAACUACAAGCAACUCCUUGUUGAUCAGCUGGCAGCCACCACGGGCUAAGAUCACCGGCUACAUGAUCAAAUAUGAGCAAGUUGGCGGCCCAACCCGGGAGCUAAUUCCUCGUCCUCGUCCUGGUAUUACUGAGGCCACUAUCACAGAUCUGGAGCCAGGGACAGAAUAUAUCAUUUAUAUAAUUGCUGUCAAGAAUAAUCAGAAGAGUGAACCAUUGAUUGGAAGGAAAAAAACAGAUGAGCUUCCCCGGCUGGUAACUCCGCCGCAUUCUGGUAAAAAGAUGACAGAGAUCUUGGAUGUGCCUUCUGUUCUGGAAAAUGUACCUUACCUCACAAACAACCCCUAUGACAGUGGAAACGGUAUCCCAAUUCCAGGUUCUUCUGGUCAGCAACCCAUCCUGAGCAACCCAGGUCAGCAAGUCAUUGUGGAAGAAUUUGCGUCUCGAACCCCCCCAACUCCAGCAACUCCCGAUAGAGAAGAACAGCCAGUCGUGUUGAUCCGUCAUCCCUUUCAGGUUCCUGUUGACAAACCUUCUUAUCAUCACACCCUGCUAUCCAAGGAUAAUUACACAAGGCCCCAGGAAGCACUUUCUCAGACAACUAUCUCGUGGACACCUUACACAGAUAGCUCUGAAUACAUUAUUUCUUGCCAACCGGUCAGUGCUGAAGAAGAACCUAUUGAGAUCAAAGUUCCUGGCGGGUAUUCUAGUGCUACUCUUAUGGGUCUUACUAGGGGGGCAACCUACAACAUCAUAGUAGAAGCAGUUGAAAAUCGGAGAAGACACAGACUUCUUGAAGAGAUGGUUACAGUGGGCAAUGAUGUUUCUGAAAGAUUAAGCCCACCCACUGAUGAUGUAUGUUAUGAUACCUUCACUGGUUCUUUCUAUUCCAUUGGGGAUGAAUGGGAAAGGCUGUCGGACACUGGAUUCAAAUUGUGGUGCCAAUGUUUAGGUCUUGGUAGUGGACAUUUCAGAUGUGAUUCUUCAAAGUGGUGUCACGACAAUGGGAUGAACUAUAAGAUCGGUGAGAAGUGGGAUAGGCAUGGAGAGAAUGGCCAGGUGAUGAGCUGCACUUGCCUUGGAAAUGGAAAAGGAGAAUUCAAGUGUGACCCUCAUGAAGCGACUUGUUAUGAUGAUGGGAAGAUGUAUCAUGUAGGAGAGCAGUGGCAGAAAGAAUAUCUUGGGGCCAUCUGCUCAUGUACCUGCUACGGGGGACAACAGGGCUGGCGUUGUGACAAUUGCCGCAGACCUGGUGCAUCUGAAGGUUCUCCUAGUCAAACCUAUUUACAGAGAGAGCAGCAAAGCCCAAACACGCAGAACAUCCAUUGUCCAAUUGAAUGCUUCUACCCCUUACAUCUACAUUCCGAUGCCCAGAACCAACGUGGAGAUUAAUUAUCAAGAUUUUAACAUCAAGCAAAAAGAGGUUGCAGCCAAGACUAUCACUAUAAAUACUGCCAGGAGAAAGCAGAUCUAUCUUAUCUUGGGGUAAUGAAAGCAUUUAGCUCUCAUAUUUGGGCUCCAUAAAAUCUGGAUGACCACAGGUUUGUAGCAAAGACACUUUAGAUUCUUUUCUGCCUUCUGGUGGUCAUCUGGGUUUUCCUACCCCAGGCCUGAUAGCUUUACAACAGCUGCACCUCUCCACUUCUGCUGCGCUUGUCCAAAGGAGGCCCGUUCUGGUGCAUUUCAAUUCUUCUUUUCAUCAAGGAAGCAUAUAUCCUGUCCAUUCUUUUCCCAAAGUCUUUCAAUAUUUUCCUUAAAGCAACUAUUGCUAAUAAUAAACGCUCAGCAAUUUGUAAACACCCUCAGGACCAUAAAAAUGGGAGAGAGAAAAUACUGAAUAUUCAAAUGAAAAUCCAAGGAGGAAAUAUGUUCUGCUAACCAUGCAGGCGUCAAUGGGAACUACAUAUCCUAUUACUGUGAUAUUUAUAAUAUGCACAGCCUUAAUCUUUAUAAAUGAUCCUAUUUUUCCCCUAGCAGUAUAUAUGUAUCUCAUACUGUUAUUUAUCAACAUCAAUUUCCUUCUAUUCCUCCCUCCCCCCAAUCUCUAAAUGUCCUUACAAGAAAAUACAUUAAAGACAUUUAGUAUACUGUGGACAGAAAAAUUUGGUAUAAUUAUGAUCAGUGAUUAUUUUUUAUACUGUAAGUGCCAAAGCUUUCUGCUGUGAGAGACAAUUCUUUUAAUAAAAGGUUUCACCAAAUUGUC